AUGGGAUAUCCAGAUACCUUCACCGGGUUCCAAAUUGAAGACCCGGCAAAGUGGACGGAGUUUCAUAAGAAUGAAUAUACGCCCAAACCAUUCGGUGACUUUGAUGUCGAUAUCAAGAUCCAGGCGUGUGGUGUUUGUGCCAGUGAUUUACAUACUGUUAGUGGAGGGUGGGGUGACCAGAAGUUUCCGCUUUGUGUGGGGCAUGAAAUUGUAGGCAAAGCCCUCCGCGUCGGCCCCAAAGUAACCCUCGUCAAGCGCGGGCAACGCGUCGGCGUCGGCGCCCAAUCCUACUCCUGUCUCCAAUGUCGCCAGUGCAAAAAUGACAAUGAAACAUAUUGUCGCCACCAACUCGAUACUUAUGGAGCCGUCUGGCCGGAAACGGGAAUCGUGUCUCAAGGGGGCUAUGCGAGCCAUGUGAGAACUCACGAACAUUGGGUUUUCCCCAUCCCAGAGGGAUUGAAGACGGAAGAGGUGGCUCCGAUGUUGUGUGCCGGCCUGACAUCUUAUAGUCCGUUGGUCAGGAAUGGGUGUGGACCGGGGAAGAAGGUGGGGAUUGUGGGGUUGGGCGGGAUUGGCCAUUUUGGGGUUUUGUUUGCUAAGGCGCUGGGGGCGGAGACUUGGGCGAUUUCUAGAACUCAUGCGAAGGAAGCCGACGCGAAAAAACUUGGCGCCGAUGGUUUCCUCGCCACUGCCGAUAAGGACUGGAAUAAAGAACACAUCAUGACCUUUGACCUAAUCAUCAACACCGCCUCUUCCUCCUCGGGCUUCAACCUCUCGGAAUACCUCGAACUCCUCGACGUACACGGACGCUGGGUAUCCGUUGGACUCCCCGAAGGCGAAGGCCAAACCAUCGACAACUUUGAACUCUUGAAAAAUGGUGUGCUUAUUGGAGGAAGUCACUUGGGUUCCAGAAAAGAGGUUCUGUCUAUGUUGGAUUUGGCAGUCGAGAAGGAUAUUAAGAGUUGGGUGGAGACGAUUGAGAUUGGUGAGGAGGGGUUGAAGAAGGCGUUGACCAGGUUGCAUAAUAAUGAUGUUAAGUAUAGAUUUACGAUGGUGGGGUAUGAGAAGUGUUUUGGUGCUUGA